AUGCGUUACAUUCUCGUCUCGGGCGGAGUUAUCUCCGGAGUUGGAAAGGGCAUUAUUGCCUCGUCCACGGGCCUGCUCCUCAAGACGCUCGGAUUGCGCGUCACCUGCAUCAAAAUCGAUCCUUACUUGAACAUUGAUGCCGGAACCAUGAACCCCAAGGAUCAUGGAGAGUGCUUCGUUCUGGACGACGGUGGCGAGUGCGAUUUGGAUCUUGGACAUUACCAGAGAUAUCUGGGCAUCAACCUAUCCCGAGACCACAACAUCACAACCGGCAAGAUCAACAUGGAAGUUGGUCUGAGGGAACGCCGUGGUGAUUACUUGGGCCGUACCGUCCAGGUCGUCCCUCACGUCACCAACCUCAUUAAGGAGUGGAUUGAGCGGGUCGCCAGGAUCCCCAUCGAUGAGUCGGGCGCCGAGCCUGAUGUCUGCAUUGUUGAACUUGGUGGCACAGUUGGCGAUAUCGAGAACAUGCCAUUCGUUGAGGCGCUUACACAACUCCGACACAGAUGUGGCAAGGGCAACUUCAUCAAUAUUCAGGUCUCAUAUGUUCCCGUCAUCAACGGCGAGCAAAAGACAAAGCCAACCCAGCACGCCGUCAAGACUAUCCGGAGUGCUGGUCUCAUUCCCGACUUGAUUGCCUGCCGUUGUGAACGUCCUCUUGACCAAGAUACCAUCAACAAGAUCGCCCUUCACUGCCAGGUCGAGCCUGAGCAGGUGAUUGCCGUCCGAGAUAUGCCUACUGUUUACCAGGUGCCAGUCCUCCUCAAGGAGCAGGGCCUCAUUACUGUUCUCCGCUCGAUCCUGAUGCUGGACAGCCUCACUCCCGAGCCAGCCCAAGUCAAGAAGGGCGCUGAAAUCUGGCAAAAGUGGAAGGAUGUCAUCUCAAAGAACUACACAGAGACCAUCGAUAUCGCCUUGGUUGGCAAAUACGUUGAACUUCACGACAGCUACCUCAGUCUCUACAAGUCAUUAGAACACGCUGCUAUCUGGUGCAAGCGCAAGCUGAACCUGAUCUGGGUUGAUUCGGAGCAUCUUGAAGAGUCGACCCGGGAGGCUGACCCCGCCCUUUACCACAAGGCUUGGCACGAUGUUUGCUCAGCGUCUGGUUUGGUUGUCCCUGGAGGCUUCGGCGAGAGAGCUACAGAGGGUAUUAUCAAGGCUACCCAGUGGGCUCGAGAGCACAACACUCCUUGGCUGGGUAUCUGCUUCGGCAUGCAACUGGCUGUUUGCGAGUUCGCUCGCAACGUGUGUGGACACCCCAACGCCACUUCCGAAGAGUUCGAUGAGAAUGCCGAGUACCCCGCCGUUAUCUUCAUGCCCGAGGGCUCCAAGGAAACCAAGGGCGGCACCAUGAGACUCGGCCUGCGCACCACACACUUCCAGCCCGGUAGCGAGGAUAGCAAGCUCCGAGCCAUGUACGGCAACGCAGAGACCGUCGACGAACGCCACCGACACCGCUACGAGGUUAACCCCGCCUUCGUUGACGAGUUCGAGAAGGCUGGCUUGUCGUUUGUUGGCAAGGACGAUACCGGCAGGCGUAUGGAGAUCAUCGAGAUCAAGAGCCACCCCUAUUUCGUCGGUGUGCAAUACCACCCGGAGUAUAUCAGCCAGCCGCUCAGCCCCUCCCUCCCCAUCCUUGGCCUGGUGGCCGCCGCCAUCGGAUGUCUCGACGAGGUUACCAAGGAGGUCUGCGAGCUAAGAAAUAAGGCAAACAGCACUGUUAACGGAACCGCUUAAUGGUAUAAGUACUGAAGGUCUUGUAUAAUUUCCUCGGCACAAGCCCCGAGGCCUUGAAUUCUUGCAACAACAUGUGUAGAUAUAGAAACCCAGGUUUACGUAGCAAACAAUCUGUGGACUUUGGAAGUUGUUAUCUUGAUUAAAACGGUAUAUUUUAUACCGACCCGUUUGGCCCCUCAGAGUGGGCAGGCUGUCGACUGUUCUCAAUGCAGCCAGCCUGCCUCUCCAGAGCCACAGUGAGACGUCUUUGAACUCCUUCAUGAGAGGGGGGGACGCUCACCUGCUUGGCGGGCUUCGCGGGUUCAAGAUAUACAAUGUAUUGGUAGCUUUAGAUAUACUCUUUUUAGAUAAUGGCUUGGCUUUCAUCAAGCUGGAUUAACUUGAUGCUUUGGGGCCAGCAUGCACCGGGCUAGAUACCUCUUAAUAAAAAAAAAGACUUAC